GACACCCCUGAAUAGCCUAGUUGAUGAGAUCUCGGGUGUCCUCGUCGGGCUGUUGGUGACCUACGUAGACGACAUCCUGUACCUGAGUGAGGUGCACAUUGUCAAUGCCCUUCAUGCCUUCGUUUUGGAGGAGGAAUGGGUUGAAAGGGCAGAAGCCGAGCUGGACGAGAUUGAGUCCGACUUCGACGAGGAGACGCUGAAAAGUGCUCAGCGGGCCGUGGGAGAAGCGCUGAUCACAGUGAGACACACACCAGGCGAUGUGCAGCUUGCUGACUUGGCAACCAAGUUGCAGCCAAAGAUGAGACUGUGGAGGCUGUUGACUCUUUGGGGCUUCAUUGGGGAUCGCUUGACUGGAAUCAUGAACUCCUUCAAGGCUACACUUCUGACUGUUGUGGUGAUGCUCUCUUCCCUGGUGGUUCCAGCGACAGGUGCCAAGGUCGAAGGGAAGAAGGAGCCUUUAGCUGCGACAGGUUGGGAAGAGCUGGCUUUUCUGUUGGUUCUUUCCUGUGUAGCUGUGAUUAGCAUGUGGGAAGCGAGCAAGGCCGUCUUUGGCUCUUACAGGAGAUGGAUGAAGGGGACUCGUAAGUCUAGAAAGCUGAAGAGGGUGUCAGAGCUGGCUGCAGAUGCGGCGAGGCGAGAAGUGGCCUCGCAAGCUGGCGUGAGUCUGGUUUCGGACCGCUCUUCAGAUCUCAGGUUUGCCUCGGGAAUGUCUUCUUCAAGCUGGAAUGAGCCUCCAGAAAAAGCUGUGCUUCGCAGGAGACAAGUGAGAUCGACAGCGACUUCGCCGCUUCCGGAAGCGCAGCAUCAAGCAACAGCUGCGGGCAGCAUGACACCACCAAGGCGGAGGGCUCCAGUUGAGGAGGAGGCCUUGCCUUCUCAAGGCGCUCAAAGCUCGGUGUCAGGAGGUCUAGAAGAUCUUCAAGAAAGGGCCCGUGUCGUAAGGGAUGUGCUUGCUCUUCUUACCUGCGAAGAACUUCGUGCUGGCUUGAGAGGACAGGGCUACUUGACGCCGGUGUUAAGUCAGAUCUGA